GCAGGCGCGCGCUGCUCAGCUGGGCACGGCUUGGCACCGGAGUCUUUCCCUCGCUCUGUCUAGGCUGCCGAGCUUCUCCUGGUGUAGAGGCGCUCGUCUGCACCAUGUUUCUCCACUCAGUCAACCUCUGGAAUCUGGCGUUCUAUGUCUUCAUGGUGUUUCUGGCGACCCUGGGGCUGUGGGAUGUCUUCUUCGGCUUCGAGGAAAACAAGUGCAGCAUGAGCUACAUGUUCGAGUACCCCGAGUACCAGAAAAUAGAGCUCCCAAAGAAACUGACAAAGCGUUAUCCAGCAUAUGAGUUAUAUCUUUACGGAGAAGGAUCGUACGCUGAAGAACACAAAAUUCUCCCUUUGACAGGAAUUCCUGUUCUCUUUCUUCCUGGUAAUGCUGGAAGCUAUAAGCAAGUUCGAUCUAUCGGCUCUAUUGCACUUAGGAAAGCAGAAGACAUCGACUUCAAGUACCACUUCGACUUCUUCAGUGUCAACUUCAAUGAAGAACUGGUGGCAUUGUAUGGUGGAAGCCUUCAGAAGCAGACCAAGUUUGUACACGAGUGCAUUAAAGCGAUUCUCAAACUCUACAAGGGUCAAGAAUUUGCUCCUACAAGUGUGGCAAUAAUUGGUCACUCAAUGGGUGGCCUUGUUGCCAGAGCAUUGCUUACACUGAAAAAUUUUAAGCAAGAUCUGAUCAAUCUUCUUGUUACACAAGCUACUCCUCAUGUGGCCCCUGUGAUGCCAUUAGAUCGUUUCAUUACAGAGUUUUAUAUGAAUGUAAACAACUAUUGGAUUUUAAAUGCUCGGCACAUAAAUUUGACUACACUUUCUGUGGCUGGAGGAUUCCGGGAUUACCAAGUUCGUUCAGGACUGACUUUUCUACCAAAAUUGAGCCAUUACACCAGUGCCUUAUCUGUUGUGAGCUCAGCAGUGCCUAAGACCUGGGUCUCAACAGACCACCUCUCCAUCGUGUGGUGUAAACAAUUGCAGUUGACUACAAUUCGAGCGUUCUUUGAUCUUAUUGAUGCCGAUACCAAACAAAUAACUCAAAAGCCUAAGAAGAAAUUGUCCGUUUUGAAUCACCAUUUUAUAAGACACCCAGCUAAACAGUUUGAGGAAAAUCCGUCCAUAAUUUCUGACCUAACAGGGACAUCUAUGUGGGUUCCAGUAAAAGUGUCCAGAUGGUCCUAUGUGGCUUAUAAUGAAUCUGAUAAGAUUUACUUUGCAUUUCCUCUUGCAAAUCAUAGAAAAAUCUACACUCAUGCCUAUUGUCAGAGCACCAUGCUGGAUACAAAUAGUUGGAUUUUUGGCUGCAUAAACAGCACUUCCAUGUGCCGGCAAGGGGUUGAUUUGUCAUGGAAAGCUGAGCUGUUACCAACAAUUAAGUCUCUGACGCUAAGACUUCAAGACUAUCCAUCCUUGUCGCAUAUUGUUGUCUAUGUGCCAUCUGUCCACGGAAGUAAGUUUGUUGUCGACUGUGAAUUCUUUAAGAAAGAAGCGAGAUCCAUGCAGCUCCCUGUGACUCACCUUUUUUCCUUUGGACUGUCUUCCAGGAAGGUGACGUUAAAUACAAACGGCCUAUACUACAACAUAGAGCUGCUGAACUUUGGACAGAUAUACCAAGCUUUUAAAGUCAACGUGGUCAGCAAGUGCACUGGAAGCAAAGAAGAAAUAACCAGUAUCUAUAAACUUCAUAUCCCCUGGUCCUAUGAAGAUUCACUAACCAUCGCACAGGUUCCAUCUUCCACAGACAUUUCUCUGAAGCUUCAUGUUGCUCAGCCAGAAAAUGACAGCCAUGUGGCACUGUUAAAAAUGUACACGUCGUCAGACUGUCAGUAUGAGGUGACAAUUAAGACUUCCUUCCCACAAAUACUUGGACAGGUAGUUAGGUUUCAUGGUGGAGCCCUUCCUGCCUACGUUGUAUCUAGCAUCCUUCUUGCGUAUGGAGGACAGUUAUACUCACUCCUCUCAACAGGUUAUUGCUUAGAAUAUUCUACCAUAUUGGAUAAAGAAGCCAAACCAUACAAAGUUGACCCAUUUGUAAUUAUGAUUAAGUUUUUGUUGGGGUAUAAAUGGUUUAAGGAAUUAUGGGAUGCAGUGUUAUUACCGGAAUUAGAUGCCAUCGUUUUGACUAGCCAGAGUAUGUGUUUCCCUCUUGUAUCCUUGAUUCUCUUUCUGUUUGGAACAUGUACUGCAUACUGGAGUGGUCUACUCUCUUCUACAUCUGUGCAGCUUCUUUCUUCAUUGUGGCUAGCUCUGAAAAGACCUGCUGAACUUCCUAAAGAUAUCAAGGUGAUGUCACCAGACUUGCCUGUUUUGACAGUUGUCUUUCUCAUAGUGAGUUGGACAACUUGUGGAGCACUUGCCAUACUUCUGUCUUAUCUGUACUAUGUGUUUAAGGUUGUUCAUCUGCAAGCCAGCCUAACUACAUUUAAAAAUAAUCAGCCAGUGAAUCCCAAACACUCUAGAAGAAGUGAAAAAAAGUCCAACCACCAUAAAGACUCUGCUGUACAAAGUCUUCGCUUAUGUGCUAAUGAUGCUGAAGACAGUCUUCGCAUGCACAGCACCGUGAUUAACUUGCUGACGUGGGUUGUGCUGCUCAGCAUGCCGUCUCUAAUCUACUGGUUAAAGAACCUUAGGUAUUAUUUUAAACUUAGUCCUGACCCAUGCAAACCCCUGGCAUUUCUCCUUAUUCCAGCUAUAGCGAUUCUCGGAAACACUCACACUGUUUCAGUAAAGUCCAGUAAAUUGCUGAAGACCGUCUCCCAGUUCCCACUUCCUCUGGCUGUUGGCGUGAUUGCUUUUGGCUCCUCCCACUUAUACAGGGUCCCGUGUUUUGUGAUCAUUCCUCUUGUGUUCCAUGCGUUAUGCAACUUUAUGUAAGACUGGAAGGAGAAGCGGCUCAUGCCUUUUGGACCAGUGACACAGUACAGCGCCACCUCCAGGAACAGUGAGGUCCUCUGGAGAAAACAAGUCUAUUUUUACAGUAUUGAAAAUAGGAAAUUAGUUUUGUAAUGCUCGAGGGACGUAGUUGAAGCAUGGUUUCAGCCCGUGGUGUAGCAUCGGUAUACUUGUCGUAUCUGACAGAUUAGUGAAGGGAUGCUGUGGCCUCUGUCUUAAGGACUCCUGUACAUACCAACUAGCUUUCAUCUGCCAUCCCAGGAACCUUCUAAAGACUAUAGAUGCAGUGCUGUGUGCAGUCUAAGUGAAACUUCUGCUAGUUUCAUCAGACUUUGUUUUGAAAAGUGGGUUUUAUAUUUGUUAUAAUUUACAUAUUCAAAAUAAGUCUUAAAAGAUUGUUAGAAGUGACGACUGUUUUCUCAGAAGUAAAAUAGUCAUGGAGUCUGGUCAGUUUUUGGCAGCCAUGGUGGGCAAAGUUUGAUCCAUCAUCUUACAUCUGUGAAAAAGAGCCUCCAAUUAAAGCGAGGGUUUUUUGUUAACCGCUGAAGUUCAGAUUCAAAACAAUGGCAUUUUCAUGAACUUUCAAAUAUGAAUCUUACAGUGUAUACUUGGUGAAUAUUAGAAGCAUGGAAGAGAUCUAUCAAAAGAUCUAUUAAGAAAAGAAUGUUCUUGCAGAUUCUGCAUUGGCACAGUCAGCCUCCGCCCCUGACUUAAAUCCUUGCCCCAGUGGUUGCCAGAAGUGCCUGUAGCAAUGAUAGGUUGUUAAAGGGAUAACUCCAGAGGCCAGAACAACUCUGGGUUUGCAUCAUUUGUUUGUCUACUGAGGAGGAAGGGUCUCAGCAUAAAUACAACAUUGUACUUGAUGUACAAAGCUAUAUACUAAUAGAGAAACAAUGGACAGCCUUUACUGAAAAUGUGAACACUGCCUGAAUAGAUUGCACACCUGUAUCACUCAUUAAGAGCAAAAUCUUGGUUUGUAGAGGUGUCUCCUAAGACUACAAUUUUGCCACUGGGGGGAGCGGGGGUAACAUUUUAUUUCAUUUCCAAUUAUAGUUCAUCCUUAGCUAUAGAAAAAUAGGAAGGUCAGGAGCUUGAAGAAUAUAGUUGUUCUUUGCCUUCAGUUAGAAUAAAUUCAAGCUGAGUCAGACCUGUGUCGUCAAACCCUUCACUUAGAUGUGUGUCCUAUAAAUGCCCAUAAGCCUUUCCCGUGAAGUCCUCCAGUGUUACGGAAUUCACAGUUGCACUUGUGAACUUAUGUCCUUCUCAGUGCCCAGGAAUGGUACUAAGAGAAUCAGCUUUGUUUUAUCGGCUGUUACACACGGUGUCACAGCCUCUCAGCUGCUACUGCCAACCAGAGGGUUCUGCCCACGUCAGCCAUGUUAGUUCUUCCCUGGACCUUUGCUUCUUCAGAGCUAAUCAAAGGGUCAGGUUAUUACCACAGAAGUUAGUUGGUUUGUAUGAUUCUGUCACUGUCUGACUGGCAUCGUGCUUGUUAAAUAUUCAUAUUUUCACUUAUUAAGACUUUUAAAGGAAAGCCAUCGUACUAGACAUGGCAGACCCUUUAGUCCCUUGUUUCAGAAGAGUGUCAAAAGGAAUAAACUGUACCAUAGUGUUUGUUGAGUACCCAAGAGUGAGUUCAUUGGAUAAUUACAAUUUUCUCAUGGCACAACACUUACAUAUCUAAGUAGGAAUGUAUCUGCUCUAACUUUGCUGGAGAUGUGUGGCCUCUCUACACAUGCUGUCUUUCAUUCUGUCAGUGGUAUUAUAGACGUAGCUCAAUUUCAUGGCAACUGAAUACUUCAACUUUCUGAAUUUGAACAUAUAUAUACACACAGAAAGAACUUUCCAAAGUUUGGUGUUAGACUUUUUGACAGCCAUGAUUAUUUAUUUAUGAGAUCUAAAGUCUCCCUGCUUAGCCAGUAUUGCUCAUGAAUGGGUUGUAUCAAGUUUGAUUUUACGAGUAGUAUAUUUGUUAUUAAAGCACAUUAAUACUAACAACAAUAUUUUUGUCUGAAAGUACUAAUUCCCUAAGCCCUUAAAGUCUUAUUUAUGCCAGCAAAAUAUUUCAAAUAAUAGUAGCCUGGGUCUUCAGCCAUUUGCCACACAUACUCAGAGAUACACACUCACACAUAAACACAGAUGGGCAUGCUUUGAUAGAAUCUUCAUCAAGCAUUUAGACACAGAAAGCUAGGUAGACUAUCUGAUUAGGAAAAGUGUUAUCCCUUAAAAGGAAAUGAUUUCAUAUAAACAUCACAUACUUUUGUCUAUCAUGUUUACAUGAAUAUAGGUUAUGGUAGAGAUUAAUACAGCAAAUUUUUGAGUUCUAUUGUCAUGUUUUUGUGUUUUUUUUUAAGAAAUUGAGUUUUGGGGUAAAUGUACUUAUUUAAAACUGGGUUCUUGCUUGUAAAUAGAUUGGGUAUAUAUCAGACAGUUCAUCUGUCUGAUUAUUGAAUGCUUAGUAUUUUUUAAAUGCCCUCAUAGAUUAUUGCUAUUAUAAUUUAGACCUGAUCAUUUUUUUGAAGAGUGAUUGUGUGUGUGUGUGUGUGUGUGUACAUAUGUGUGCUGGUGCUCAUUGUGGCCAGCAGAGGGCGGUUAGAGGUGGGUUGUGAAUUGCUGGAUAUCAAUACUAGGAACCAAACUCAGGUCCUCCAGAAGAGCAAGCACUCUGAACGAAGCCCCCUCUCCAGCCCCUGGACCUGAUAAAUAGGUAGCAUUUGCUAUUGCAGUUCUGUGUCUAUGUGAAUGAGUAUAGUAGGGAUUGAAUCCGGAGCCUGUGUAUGUUAGUUAUGUUCUCUACUAUUGAGUAACACACAGCUUGUCUGGAUUCAUUCCAUGCCAAAAUUAAGUAAAUUUUACUCUUUUCUUGGUGUCACUAUAAUGAAAACUUCUAAAGAAACCAUUUAUGCUUAAUUAACACCGAUUUUUGAGGUUGCCCUAUGUCUAUAUUGAUCAUGUAUUGAUUAGUCUUUUAAAUCUUUUUAUAUUUUAGUAUUGUAAUUUCAGCUGUCUAUGAAGGGAUACUUUUUAUUGAGUGAUCUUUAUAAUUAUCACACAUGUCAAUAUGACACAUUUUCACAAUGCUCACCAACUCAUACAAGGCUGAUUGUCUUUCUAUCAAGUCCCUGUACAUUUUUUUUAAGCCUUUUACUCUUUUCACUUAUAGCAUAAUGUGUUCAUUUCACCAUGCACUCUCUUAGUCCCUCCUAUGGGAGAUACUGAAGUAGAGGGAAGCAGAACUCAGUUUUUAGUUCUUGAAAGCCGCAGGAGGCAUAUGAGAAGUAGGCCUGGAGAGAUGGUUCAGACAGUCACAUGCCUGCGGUGCAAGCAUGAGGACCCAAGUGUAGACUGCCAGAGUCUAUGUGAGAAACUGGCUAACUAAUGCAUGCCUGCAAUCUCAGCACUGGGGCAAUGGAGACAGAUAGAUCUUUGGGGCUUGCUGGCUGGCCAGCCUGGCCAUAUUGGCAAGCUUCAGGAUUGGUGAAAGAUUUUAUGUCAAAAAAAUGAGGUGGAAAGUGAUUGAGGAAAACACCCAGCAUUGACCUCUCCCUGCACCUUCAUAUAUACACAUGGGUGCACAUACGUGAACAUGUAAACACACACACACACACACAAAUACUCAAGAGGUGGGGAUCCACAAAUAUGAAGUAAACCAGAGCAGUUGAUUCCAUAACUGUGGAAUGAGUCUGGUGCCUCCUGUCUCCCCUUAGACAGGUCUGAAUUACCUUGCUUGAUUUGGUUUGAUGCAAACUUUUAGAAUGCUGUAUUUAAGCAUAUAAGAAGUGGUUCUAAAAAAUCAUUUGGAAAAAAAUCCAAAAGUAUGUUGAUGUGUUGGAUAGCUAGGUUUUUGUUGAUUGUUUUUCAUCUGUGUGGAAGAUUUGUGAGUUUGUAUAUCAUAGGAAACAAGAGACUAUAAAGUUUAUUUAGGGUCACGGUCCAUUUGGGGAGUGUGUCACUUGCCAGAAUAAAGGGAACCAUGGGAGUUUCUGGGUUUAAGACAUUACUUCCUUCCGGGAAAUCUUCUUUACCAGAUAAAGUAAAUGUAGAACUCACCCUACAAACUGUAAGGUUGACAGCUAGAAUUUUACUGCAGACUUUUUGAACAAGAAACAUAAUUCUGUGAAUAUCUACUCUUUCACCAUAAGGCUUGCUGAUAUGUGAGGAAACGAGAAAGCUCUGGGCUGUUCACACUCCUAACUUUUCAGAGUGUUAUGGAAAAUGGGAGUCAGGUCAGCAGUCCGAAUGUGUGCUAUAAAUGCUUAAACUUCUGCAAUUGUAAAACAUACCACGAAUAAAUAAAAAACAGAAUUUUAUAUGUUGGUAACUUGGUUUUGAGAACAGAGUAAGAUUUGGAAAUGCUGAUGCUAGGCAUGUUGUUACUCUGUUAAUACCAUAAAUGUAGUAGUGCAGCUAAGGUGACCAUGUUCGAAGUUGGCACUAUCUAACCUACAGCUUGAUUAACGUGUGCGAAUAAUAAUUUUAAAAUCGAGAACAGUUUUUAUUUUCAGUGCUUGUUAUGUAAUGCUGCCAAAAAACGUCCUUAUACUACGAAGCCAGUUAAUUUCUGAUGACUUGAUGUAGAGUUGGUAUCUCGAGUCAGACUCAACCUGUAAGCAUUCUGUCAUUGUUGACUUGAACAUCAGUGGGAAAUGCUAUCUAUUGGUGUUUAGUUACCGUAAACUCUGCAUAUCUGAAUUCUAAUCUUAGUCUAAGAAGCCUGUGGGGAUUUUGUAAAGUUCAUGUGCUAUUUUAAAUGUUUUUACUUUUAGUAUUUGUAAGGUAGUGAUGUUACUAUGACAAAAGUUUAUAGACACUGUGUAGCACUACUAACUGCUCCAGAGCCAAACAGACAGUGUAUUUUGUAUUUCAUGUGUACUUUUUCUGUUUCAUAUUGGAUUUUUUACAUCCCUUUUUUAGGGGAAAAAAAAAAGGAUACAUUUAAAUUCUUUUUAGGGUCAUCUGUAUUGGAAACUAAGUAUUCUCAAGGUUAGCAAACAUACUUUACCACCAAAGCUGAAUGAAACUGUAAGAUACCUCUGGAGAUUUGUGCCAAUGAACUUUUCUUAGUAAUUUGGGGUUAAAACAAAAGUAAUCUUUUCAGUAUUUUUCAUCCAGGACUUACAAUAAAUGUGGAUAUCAUGAAAACAUGUUCCAUACUCUGUUUUUCUUUGAAAAUUUUCAAAGAUUUAGAACAGUGUGUUGUUCUGUGUUCUUUUGUGUCUGGUUUCCUGACAUUGCUAGCUAAAAGGUGAAUCCACUUAGUAGUAAUCUUUUAGCAGUUAAUUGCGGUAAUAAUCAUUUGAAGUAAUCUGACCGUGGCUUGUUUUGUGGUGUAAAAAAAAAAAAAAAAUCAGUUGUUUUGCACAAUCCAUUUUUGGUGUAGAUGUCUGGUUACUACAGUUGAAACCUUCCCUGUGGUGUUUCUUUUGCUUUCUUUAUGUCUCUGCUCAGUCCCCAGUGUUCAUCCACUAGAACCUAAUAUAGUAUAAGGCAAACCAGUUAGCAUGCAUAUCUUGUGCCAAAUACUCUGAAAUACAGUUGUUAAUGAAAAACCCUGGCAUUGGUACGGUGUUAGAUAAACCUAGAACUAUAGCCACAGAGCAGUCACGAGAAUGCUAGUUCCUCCUCAGAGGAGCGGCAUGGGAAUUGCAGUGUUCCUUUAGUUUGCUUAGCAUCUACUGCUUCUUUGCCCUACAGUACUGUGAUGUUGGUACAUUUUUCAUAAGUUAGCCUCACAAUUAAAGAGACAGCACAGAAAACCAGAUAUUGAAAUAUUCGGUCUUGAUCGAGUAAUGAUUAUCUAAGUAACUGUUGGGGACUGUGGAUAAAUUAGCAGGAGGGUAGUUUAUGAGAGCUGGCUUCAGGACGCUCUGUCCUCUGGAAGGAGUUUGUCUUCUGUGUGCAGUGAUCUUAGCUUAGGCGGGAGAUGCCUGUCCCUUAACAUAAGCAGGCUCUGUGCUUAUGAAGGCAGAGGUUUGUGCAGAUCUCCGUCCCCUGCUGUGUGGUUGGGAAAGAAAUCUUCAUUUUUAUUGUGUAUAAAUUAGGAAGUUGUGCUGCAUACUUUUUUUGAAUAUUUUUUUGAAAAUAGGCACUGACGUGUAUCCUUUUCAAGUGAUGCUGUGGUUUUUUAAACGUAGGAGGAACUAUAAACGUAGCAACAUGCCCAAGAUAAACCAAAACUGAGUAUACCCCAUCACUGUGACCUUGAACUUAUUUGGGAUAAAACAGACUGUGCCUUAAAAUGACAAAGCAAUGCCCUGCAGUCUUGUAACUGUAUUUUACUGUGGGUGGUCUUCUAGAGGUUGUCUGAAACCCCUUUCUUUCAAGUUGUCGAGAUAAAAGUUUUAAGUACCAAUGGACCCACAUUUACUUUAGUAUCCCUUAGCUGCUGUUCCUGAGGCCGCCCUUAAUUUCCAGAGCUUUUUGUUUUGAUUUUAUUUUUAUUUAAAAAUUGACUUAGUCUAAAUAUAUGUGAGAAAUUAGAUUUGGCUAAAGUUUCUGGGGGAAAAUAUUUUAAGGGUAGUCAGGGCACUUCUGCUUCUAAACUCGCUGAAUAUGAAAAGAUUAAUCACUGAAAUGUAUCUUAGUCUUAUUGAUAAUAAUCCUAUCAAAGAUGUGCAUUCCCUCUGAGACUUGUGGUCAGUGUUGUGGCAGAUCAAGAUGCGUUUAUAUUUUCAAAUAAGGGUUAUUAGGUUUAUAGUAAGGAUUUCCCAGUGACUAAACUCCAAUGAAUGUAGCUCUUGUUUUGAGCACUACCGUUUCACUUUCCUUGUUCUUUGUCCUGCCUCAUUAGCUUUAUGGUAUUAAGGGGGCAUUAGCUCCUCUGUUUUUAAUUUAAUGUAAACUUUUAUAUUUGUAUGUGUUGAUUUAAAAUAAUGAGUAUAAUUUCCAUUAAAGUCCAAAUUACUCAUUUUAUAGUAUAAUCAUAUUCUUUGCCCAAAGAUGCUCAUUUCUGGGAACUCAGUCUGUUGUUUAUUUUUACAUGUUACUUUUGGGCAUAAACUCAAAUGUUUAUGCCUCCUAGUUCACCUCCAUUACAAUUACGAUUUUAUAUUUAAAUAAGAGUCUUAAAAAUAUGUAGAAAUGACAAUAUGUCUUUUUUUUUUAAGCCUGGUCAGAUUGACAAAGAAGUUGUGCAAGCAGUGGGUGUCUAGUGAGAUCAGUUUCUACGGUUGAGCGUUGAGAGCACACACUCCUCAUGGCUGCUGAGGGAGACUGUGUACAGAGAUCAUUUAUUUGUAUGCUAAUGGUUAUAUUCUUAUCCAUAAAAUGUAGUGUAGUAACAAUGCGUCAUGAAGGGAGCCUGUCCUGACGUGAGCAGUGAGAACGGUCUCGGUGCAGAUCUCCCUGUCUCAACAUGCAUGCUUGUCCCAGUGCUGUGUGCCAUGUGCAGUGCACUAAUACACCUCUGUGUACUUUUCUGUGUAUUUUUGGUAUGGUAUAAUUAACUGGUUAUGUUACAUUUAACUGGUUGUGAUUCGGGGGGGAAAGUGCUACUUAUUCUAAUUUGUAGCGUGUCAUGAAUGGUUUUACCUGUGUUUCAGCAUUGUGAUGUGGUUUUAUUAUGUGAAUAUUUGCCUUCAGUCUCCGCUCAGGUAUUAACGUGUAGCGAUUUUUGGUGCUUUGUUUUUAAUUUGUCAUAACUGGUGUUCUGAAUGUUCAAAAUAAAUUUGGUGAAUAAGCACAUUUGG